UUCACAACCCCAUCAAAGUGUCUCAACUUGUGAAGGUGAAGACCUUCAAAGAAUACUGUCGGUGGAAUAACCUCAUUUAUAACGGAUUUUAUUGCGUUGACAGCCAAAGAUGUGGAAGUCAGUUGUGGGCCACGAUGUGAGCAUGAAGGUGGCUGCAGAGGGGGAUGACUGGGAGACAGACCCUGACUUUGAGAAUGACGUCUCAGAGCAGGAGCAGCGGUGGGGAGCAAAGACCAUCGAGGGCUCGGGCCGUAAGGAGCACAUCAGUGUCGCAGAGCUCAGGAACAAAGUGGCUGUGGAGCACGAGAAGGGGAAGCAGAAGGAUCAGACUCCCAAGGCGUCGUAUGGAUAUGGAGGGAAGUUUGGAGUGGAGAAGGACAGAAUGGACAAGGCGGCUCUGGGGCACGACUACGUGGCUCAGGUUGAGCAGCACUCCUCCCAGAAAGACGCAGCGAAAGGCUUCGGCGGGAAAUUCGGUGUUCAGAAAGACCGCGUCGACAAGUCUGCCAUGGGCUUUGAAUACAAAGGAGAGGUGCAGCAACAUGCGUCUCAGAAAGAUCACUCAAAGGGAUUUGGAGGAAAGUACGGGGUGGAGAAGGAGAAAGUGGACAAGGCUGCUUUGGGGUAUGACUAUAAAAGCCAGACAGAGAAACACCAGUCACAGAAAGACUACGCUAAGGGCUUUGGAGGGAAGUACGGGGUGGAGAAGGAGAAGGUGGACAAAGCUGCUCUGGGCUACGAUUAUAAAGGAGAAACAGAAAAACACCAGUCACAGAAAGAUUACUCAAAGGGAUUUGGAGGGAAGUACGGUGUGGAGAAGGAGAAGGUGGACAAAGCUGCUCUGGGCUACGACUAUAAAGGCGAGACGGAGAAACACCAGUCACAGAAAGAUUAUUCCGCAGGGUUUGGAGGUCGUUAUGGAGUACAGGCAGACCGCAUGGAUAAGAGUGCAGCUGGCUUCUCAGACAUCGACUCCCCUACCUCAGCCUAUGAAAAGACACAACCAAUAGAGGCCUCAAGUUCCGGAGCGGGGAAACUGAAGGCCCGUUUUGAGAACAUGGCCAAGGCGUCAGAGGAGGAGAACCGGAAGAAAGCAGAAGAAGAGCGAGCGAGAAGACAAGCCAGAGAGAGCGGCGAGCGAGAGGCAGCCAAACGCAGACAGGAGGAGGAGAGAAGCAGAGAGCAGGAAAGUCAUCCACCACCUGUUCCAGAUGUGGAGCCAGAGCGCUUCAUGCCACAACAAGAAACCCACCAGUACAUGCCUGAGAUACAGGAAAUACCAGAACCAGAACCAGAGGAGCCAGAGUACGAAGAGCCACCAGCUCUGCCCCCGCGCGGUGACGACACGGAUGAGGAAGUGGACGCUCCGCCGCUACCUGGCAGAUCAGCAUAUGUGGAGGAGGAAGAGGACGCUCCACCAUUACCUGGCAGAUCAGCGUAUGUGGAGGAGGAAGAGGAGGAAGUGGACGCUCCACCAUUACCAGGCAGAUCAGCAUAUGUGGAGGAGGAAGAGGAGGGCGGGGGAGAGUACGAGGACCUUUGUGAACCGCCUCCUGUGCCGACAGAGACGGAUAACGACUAUGAAGACCUGACGUGUGGCCUGCAGGCCGUCGCACUUUAUGACUAUGAAGGAGAGGCUGACGACGAGAUCUCCUUCAACCCGGAUGACAUCAUCACCAACGUCGAGAUGAUUGACGAGGGAUGGUGGAAGGGAGAGUGUAACGGACGCGUCGGCCUGUUCCCGGCUGCUUAUGUUCAGAUGAAGGACUGAGAUACAUGCUCAGUGGAAUCCUGCAGAUUUUUAAGGUUCUUCAAACUGUUUAUUUGGACUCUGUAUUUAUCACUGCAAAUUUGUACCAAAUGACUUCUAAUGAAAUGCUUUUAAUCACUGAGGCUGCGUGAGAAACGAGGACGUACAUCAUGUAUCAAUGCACUGAUUGAACAAAAUAAAAGUUCUACAGACGA